CUGAUAUGCAAUAGUGACUCAUAUUUUACAAAACUGAUUUAUUGCUUCUUUUACUAUGAUAAACUUUAUGAAAUGUGUUUAAUUUACAGUUUGAUGUAAAGUGUUCAUUGGAAGGAGCUUGUAACUUCCGGGUAAAAAUGGCACCUGAAAAAGACCAAGUGUUUUUGAAAGAGCCGCAAGCUUAUGUUAGAUCAUUGGCCUUAACUGCAAGUAAUGUUACAGCUGAUCGUCAAAUUCCAAUCCGCCGCUACUUCAGAUCUGGGUCUGAAAUGCUGAGAAUGGCUAAAAUGUACCUUGAUGAAGGUCAACUAGAAAAUGCCUUCAUUUUAUAUACAAAGUAUACUACAUUAUUUAUUGAGCAAAUACCAAAACACCCUGAAUAUUCGACUCUGUCAGAUUUGGAGAAGAAUGAUACAAGAAAGAAAUUACAAUCCUGUUUGGGUGUUGCUGAAAAAGUUAAGGCUGCUCUUUUACUUUCUUACACGAAGAAGUACGAAAAAUGGAAGGAAGAAAAGGAAAGACAAGAUGCUGAAGAAAAACUGAGACAGUUACAAUUGCUAGAAAUCGAAGAAAAACAAAGGAAAGAACAAAAAAUAAGAGAAGAAUUUGAAAAGGAAAAAAAUUGGAGGCUGGCACAGGGUCGAGAAAUGAUGAAAAGUACUGAAAGUAAUUCAUCUGAAGUUACUAGAAUAGAUUCCUCUUUAUCAAUGGUUGAUGAAGUGGAUAGGAGUAGCAUUUGUGAUUACCGUUCCGAGUUAGUUUCACCAACGCCAUCAUUGUAUUCCAAUCAGUCUCUACUUAGCAUUGACAGUCGAUCUAUAAGCACACCAUCAGUUGAUCGAAGCACCAAACCUAGAUCUAUUCUCAGUCCUGGUCCAGAUUCUUCAUACGUCCAUGGACUCAGGUUAGUCCUUGUUCCGUCAAGGGGUAUUGAUAUGUUCCUGAGCCUUGCCAAACCAAAUACUGAUAGGAAUGUAGAAACAUGUGGGAUAUUAGCAGGAAAGAUGUCUCACAAUCAACUUAUGGUUACGCAUCUGCUAAUACCGAAACAAACAGGUACUGCUGAUUCCUGUACAACUGAUAAUGAGGAAGAUAUUUUUAUGUAUCAAGACAAAUAUGACCUUAUUACACUUGGUUGGAUUCAUACUCAUCCAAGUCAAACAGCUUUCAUGUCCAGUGUUGAUUUGCACACUCAUUGUUCUUAUCAAUUGAUGAUGCCAGAAGCUAUUGCAAUUGUUUGUGCUCCUAAAUAUGAAAAUACUAGCAUAUUUUCUUUGACUCCUGAUUAUGGUGUUGAUUAUAUUUCUCAGUGCAGACAGAAAGGUUUUCAUCCUCAUCCAAAUGAGCCAGUUAUUUAUGAAGAAAGUAUUCAUGUGAAACUUGAUACUCAAGCUACAAUCACAGUUGUUGAUCUGAGAAAAUAAGUGCUAGCAUAUAAAAAACUUCUUUUCUAGUCGAGCUAUAUGAAUUCUUUAGUUGUAAAUAUUUUUCAAAUUAAGUUUAAAAUUGCUUUUUAUUUUCCCCUUGUAGUCUGUUCAUUAAAAUUGUCAUAAAAGCUUCUUUACUGCUUUGCAGGAGAAUAUUUUUUAUUUUGCUGCUCUGUUAACUAUCAGAAACUUCAUUACAAAAUAAAUGGAUUCCAUUUGUAUUCCUUCAUUUAACCCUUUAAGGAAGAUGACAAAAUUACUGAGGUGAGACAGGGUGAGAGGAAGUGGAUCCUAGUGAUGCUACUGUGUCUGUUAACUGAAGAAAGUACUGAUCUAGGUGGAUUAAAAUAAAGCCGCUAUUCCUCUAAGGGUUGAAACGUUAUGCCUAAAGAAGUUGGCUUAUUUAAAAUGAUAUAUUAUUAAUUAAAGAAGCUAAAUUAUUCUUUUCAUAAGCAUUCCAAGUAUUGUUAAAUUAUUUUGUGAUGUAGUUUUUAGGGCGUUACUAAUAAUAUAAAACUAUGUAAAUACUAAAUAUUUAAUAUAUUUUUAAACAAAGUAUGUACAUGUGUAUGUAUUUAGCUUAUAUUAAACCUGUGAUAGAAAUAUCAUAUUUCAAAAAUAUUUUAUAAAGUUUUAUUUAGUUUGAAAUGUAAGUAUGGGUUAGUAUUUAACCACUUCAAUUGUUCACGAAGGUUUUCAGAAAAAAAAAAAGAUAAAGAAAUUUUUACCAAAUUUUUUCAUUAAAUCUUUGGAAAUUUCCCAGUGGUUGAUGUGGUAAAAAUUUUGCAAGUACAGUAGAGUCUCGAAAAUCCGAGUCCUGAAAAUUCAACUUUCCGCUUAAUCCGAGGUACACUAUAUUUUAAGUUAUAUUUUUUAGUAGCUCAAAAUUUGAUUUUCAUUAAAAUCUGAAACUAGAAAUAUUUUUAUUGCUGUAAAACUUACAUCCUACGUACAGUGUAUAAUAAAGAUACCUUGAGAGGCUGGUUAUGUUUUGGUUGCCUUUUCCACACAAAUGCGUACAGGAACCAAGAAAAAAAUAAGUUAACAUUCGUUUAGACGCAACUAAAAGAAAAUUUAUGUUGAAAUUUGACUAAUAAAUUUUCGUGAAGACAAUAGUUCCUUCUCUUUAUGCAAGGAAGUAAAAGGUGCUCCUCUGUAUGUCUUACGAGUCGUGUAAAUUUUAAAUCUAGAAGAAUUUUCCGGAUAAACCGAAUUUUCAGUGAUCCAAGAUAAAGUGAGCCCCAAUUACCUCAGAUUUUCAAGACUCCACUGUAUAAACAUUGAGAGUAAUGGGAGGAAAAGCUUCCCACAUUCAAUAUUUGUAUUAAUGAUUGAGAUUGAUUUUUUAUAAAUGAAAUGUAAAAUAAUCUAGGAUGUAUUUUGCAAUGAAUUCUCAUCUUAAUUGCUAUUUUAAAAAGCAUAUUUCAUUUUAUAAUCUGUGUACAUUGCUAUUAAAAUAUGUUAUUGGUUUGAAUUGAAAUAUAAUUCUUUGUGAAAUAUUGAAACUGACAGAACUGUAAAGAAGCAAAGAAAAUCUUAAAUUAGAUAUAUACUUAAAGAUCUUCAAGCAUUGUUUAUACUUACAGUGAAUUCAGUGUCAUAUAUUAUUAUAAUUUUCAACAAUAUCUUGAGUCACAAGGCAGGCUAGCACUAGAGAUUUCAUGGGAGGAUUGUGUAAUUUCAUAUCAUGAUAUAUUUUAGAAUAAUAAUGUCUUUAAAUUCAUAGUUAAUGCAUAAAAAUAUAUAUAAUGUAUUAUAAUUAUACUGAAAAAGUAAUUCUGUUGUGUCUUUAUGAAUGCAAGCUGUGAUCUUUCUGUUUUGUUAAAUUAGUUUUGUUUGGCAAUAAUUGUUCUGUGUGUAAUGCACACAGGAGUUGAGGCCUUACUAUGUUGCCUUUGAUUAUUUUGUUAAUAAAAAGUAUGAUUCAUACUGUUUUUCUGCUGUUUGUUAAAUACUAUUAUAGUGUAAAUAAAUUAAAA